AUUUUUAGUUGGGUUCAAAGAAAACUUAGUGGAACGAAGCAUGAGUCAACUUCAGGUCAAGAAUCAUCAGUACCUGCUUUGAGUAAAGAACUUCAAAGUUGGCCUCAAGACGAAGAAACCCUCUUGGCUAUUGGAACACUUGGAAACAAUAUCUGCUCCAAGGAAGAAGAAGAAACAGAUACUAGCAAAGAUCUCACUGCGAUUAAUACAGAUGUAACAAUUGGGAAGAAGAAACCGCUCUCUUUUCUCCUCAAGAAGAUGUUUGUUUGCUCAAGUGGCUUCAAAACUCCACCUCAUCUUCUUGAUUUGUCUAGGGGAGAUUCAUUGCCCAAUACAAGAAUGGAAAAGAUGCUAAGGACAAUACUCAACAAGAAGAUACAUCCACAACGUUCAAAUGCUAUAGCAAAGAAGUAUUUGGAGAAUCAUAAGAUUAUAGAUGAAGCUAGUUCAAGUGUUGACGCCAACAAAUGGGUUAAGACUGAUUCUGAAUGUGAGAUUUUCUUAUAUUUACUUUGCAGUAUUUAG